UUAGCCUCCUCACUCAUGUUCUCAGUGCUACCUGUGCAACGGCCCACUGGAUGAGAGGCUGUUGCAUCAUCACAGUCAGAUGUGUUGGAGGAGCCAGGCCAUCUCAUUGGGUUUGACUGUGACGGAGAAAAAGAGUGGAGUGUCUCAUCAGGACGCAGAAGGUGGUCAGACUCAGGUAGACGCCGUCCUCCUCUGGUCCACUGCAGUCAGGAGUGUCUGCGCUCAUCCAGGUCUUUGUCGGCAGCCAUGAUGGGCUCCCAAAUGAUCAACCAGCAGCUUCAUAUAUUGGCUCAGCAGAAACGUGCUCUCAUCCUACAGCAGCAACAAAUACAGUCUUACUACAAGAGACACCAAGAACAUAUCAAGUCAAAGCUUCAACAGCAGCAACAGUCAGACGGUAAAGAUAAGAUGGAUUUAGAGAAAACAUCCCUGAUUAAACAAGUCCAGCGACAAGAAGACCUGUUAAAACUGCAGCAGGCUGGUCUGCUAUCUCAUACACUACCGUUUGGUUUACAUGUGCUUGAAUGCCAGAGGAUCUGGAUGGAGCAGACCAGUGGUCACUCAGAUGUGAAGAGCCUGAUGUCGGCCAGCACAGACCUGCCCCCCACGGCCCUCACAACUCCCUCUGUGGCUUUAAGGAAGACUCAGUGUGUUGACAGAUCCUUGGAUCCAGACAUGCACUCUCUCUAUGGCCAUGGCAUAUGCAGAUGGCCAGCCUGUGAAUUGGAAUGUGAGGACUUUGAAAACUUUGUCAAGCACCUGGACAGUGAGCAUGUACUGGAUGAUAAGAGCACGGCCCAGUGUCGAGUCCAGAUGCAGGUAGUGGAACAGCUGGCUCUCCAGCUGUCAAAGGAGCAGGAGCGACUGCAGGCUAUGAUGAGCCACCUCCACACACACCCCUCAGAGCCCCACACCAUCUCCUCAUCACUGAGAGAGUGGAGAGAGUCUAGCCCUCUGUACUCUGCUAAGCAGGUAAACGUGGACUCAGAAGUGGACACGGCUGCAGUGGCGCGGUCAGCAAGCCCACCCAGGGAAGCUCCACCACACAGCAAGUCCUCGCCCUCCGGCCCUCCAUCACCCCGUAGUCCAGCUCGUGACUCCAGCCUGCGCACCAUACGUCACCGACACUACAUGCGACCCCACGUUCCUCUUUGCUCAGACCUGUCUCCAGAUUAUGAGUGUUACAGGAAUGCAGACGUGCGUCCUCCCUUCACGUACGCAGCUCUCAUAAGACAGGCUAUAAUUGAGGCAUCUGACAUGCGACUAACACUGAACGAGAUUUAUCAUUGGUUCACGCGGACGUUUGCCUUUUUCAGGCGCAAUGCAGCCACGUGGAAGAAUGCAGUUCGGCACAAUCUGAGCCUGCACAAGUGUUUUGUGCGCGUGGAGAAUGUGAAGGGGGCCGUGUGGACAGUGGAUGAGAUGGAGUACCAGAAACGGAAAGCACAAAAGAUAACCAGCCUGGGAAACAGAGGUGCUCUACACUCAAAAGGACAGAGGCCAGCAGCUGACCGUACCUCUCUGCUGACGGAGAACUCAACCCCACUGAACAAGUGCUCGCCUGGUUUGAAAAAUCCAAACUCAAAGUGUGUGGAUGGCACUGGACCACCAGAGUCCUUUAGGACCCAGGAGCACACAGCCUUCCUCUCUGACAUCAAGCAGCUAACUGGCCUUGUCAAAAAGGCGGAUCCAACCCAGGAGGGCCGGUGUUGCUCUGUCCUGUCAACAGAAGGGGGUCAAGCAAGUCCAGAACCACUGAUGAAUACAGAUCAAUUCGACUGAGUGGAUCUGACUUGUCAGAUUUUUUUUAAUCCAGAUUUGGGAAGGAUUUCUUCUAGCUCCCUCAGCUGGGACUGUGCUGAUUAUCGUCACUGUGUUUUCUCACUCACCAAACUGUAACUUGAUGACUUAAUACUUGUACAUUUGUAAGACAUACAGCAUUUACUUUGUUUUGAACUGUUUUUCUGAUUACCAAUAUUGUUAAUAACUUACCAUUUUGACUGCCUGGAAUUUCCUGAUGAUGAAGCGAACAGCUCUUGUGUGUUUGAAAGUGCUAGACCUGCUUCAAAAAUGUCUCUGGUGGUGAUUGAAUGGCCUAAUAUUAGCUCUGUCUGACCAAACAUUUAUUGACUGGUCUGCCAACUAGACCAAAAAUGUUCUUUUUGUUGUGCAUAUGACUAGACACAUGCAAAGUCAUGGGUACACAAUCAUUUAUUUUAUUCUUGACGAACUGACAAAGUUAGUGUCAGUAAAGUGCUACAGUUUCCCUGUCAGCAAAGUUGACUGUUUCCCUGUUUCCCUGUUAAACCCAGUACAGUUUAGUGGUUACAUACUAACAAUAUCAGAGACAUCUUCUCCAGUUGGAUUUGGUGUGGUCACAUUCAUCUAUGUGUAGCUAUACCUGGGUGUUAAUGACAUAUUAAUGAAUGUCCUGAAGAACAUUCCUUUUAUUAACUUUGUGAGCCACUAUGUGACACAUACGUGAACCAUUUUACAGCUUGACUCAGUAAUGUUGCUUUGGAUAAAAGCGUCUGCUAAAUGCCAGUCAACUUUAACCUUAAUAUGAAACACUUACUUACAAUACUGCAGCUGUCAAAUUCUCCAGUGUAAUUAUUACAUGCCCAUGCCGUUCAUUUAGGCAAGCAGCAACUACAACAACAAUAAUUAUUAUUAAUAUUAUUUAAAGAAAGUCCAGUCUUGUAGUUUGUAAAAAAAAACAUUGCCAAUUAAAAUUUAAUUGCACUCUCAAGACAGCUUACUCUUGUGUCUUAUUGCACAGAUUGGAAUUUGUUGUACAGUUGGUUUAAAUGUGGGGAAGUUGAGGAAGUUUCUCGCUCUUGUUUAAUGCUGGCUAGUGGGGAAGUUCAUCAACCGCUAUCAUGAUUGUUUUGGACAGAUUGUGAAAUGUGAAACUUAACUCUGUACACUGAAUAAUUCAUGUCUCUGUGUUAUCACUGCUGCUGGUGUGGACUCUACUCUAUGUAAAUAAAGAUGAACCCUCUUCUUGAA